CACAUGACCGAGCGGGGCCGGGCCGGGCCGGGAUGGGGCAGCGCGAUCGGAUGUUCAAGGUGCUGGUGGUGGGGGACGCCACGGUGGGAAAAACCUCGCUGGUGCAGCGCUACGCCAACGACAGCUUCAACCGGCACUACAAAUCCACCGUGGGAGUGGAUUUUGCGCUGAAGGUGGUACAGUGGUCGGAGUCGGAGACGGUUCGGCUGCAGCUCUGGGACAUUGCAGGGCAGGAACGCUUCACGUCCAUGACCCGGCUGUACUACAGGGAGGCCUCGGCCUGUGUGAUCAUGUUCGAUGUCACCAACACCAGCACAUUCAGCAACAGCCAGAAGUGGAAGCAGGACUUGGACAGCAAACUGCUGCUGCCAGACGGGAGCCCCGUGCCCUGCCUGCUGCUGGCCAACAAGUGUGACCUUUCCCCGUGGGCAGUGACCAGGGAAGAAAUCGAUCGGUUCAGCAAAGAAAAUGGAUUUUCAGGAUGGGUGGAGACGUCUGUGAAGGAAAACAAGAACAUCAAUGAGUCCAUGAGGGUUCUGAUUGAGAAGAUGAUGUCCUCAUCCACGGGAGAUGGAAGCUCCUCCUCUGCUGGGAGUGGGGAUUACAUCAACAUCAAGGAGACCUCCCCUCCAGGCUGGGCCUGCUGCUAAAGCCACUGACACUCCAUCCCCUCAGCUCCAGCUCUGACGGGCUUCUCAUCACCAUCACCAUCAUCAUCAUCACCUUUCCCUAAACUGUCACUGGUCUGGGGUUUUUCCCACGAUGAUUUUGAGUUUGCCUCCUGUUCAGUGACUCUUUCCCCAGCAGAGCGCUGCUGCAGUGACUUGGAGUGAGGAAUGGAAGGAAGAGGAGUGGGAAGAUUCCUCUUUUUCCCAGUGGGAGCUCUGCUGCUCUGAUGCAGCACAAUCCAUGUCCAAGCAAUGUAAUCCAAGUGGCUUGGAUUACAUUGAUUUUUUUUUUAAUUUUGAGCACUUCCUCCUCUGGCAGUGCUGGCCUGUCCCAGCCUGGGCUGUUAGAGGGAAUUUUUUAAUUUUCUGCACCUUUUCCUCCUCCCCACCAAAUCCUUUGGGGACACACCCCGAGCCCUGGUGGUGCCUGUGUGUUCCCAGCUGUGGGAUUACAGCAAACUCCUCCCUCCCUGCUGAGGAGUGAUGGAUCCACGUCCUGGAGGGACCAGCACGUCCCAUCAGUGCCACCAAACGUCCCGAGGACGCGGAGCUGGAUCCGCAGUGGGAAAUUCUGGGGGUGAAUUCGGGAGCUGGAGCAGCACAACCCUCACUCCCUAUGGAGCAGAGACCCCAAAACUGGGUCAGGAAUUCCUCCUCACCCCCUGUGUGGGGCACAGCCCCUUUCUCCCCCUUUAUUGGGGCAGGGGGUGAGGAGGGGGCUGUAAACCCCCUUUGUGUGGCCCCACAAGGGCCCUUUGCACUUUUGGGACAGCCUCCACCCCUCACCCCAAACUGCUUUUGGCAACUGCUGCUGAAUUGCCUUCCCACCACUCCCCUGCAGCCAGGAGGGAAUUUGGGGUAGGAAACAGCUCCCUGAAAAACCCCCCUGCUGUUUUAGUGGGGCUGGGGAAGAGGAGGAGGAGGAGGAAGAGACUUUGUGGGAUAAAAGGAAAGGAAAGAACCACUCCCCAAUUCCCUUUGGUGGCACUUUUACCCCCACACAUCCCAAUGGUGGAGGGCACUUCUGGACAAAAAAUUGGUACAAACUGAGGAGAAUUUAUAGGAAACUCACACUUCAGGGCUGGAGUUGUGUGUGUUUAAUUCUGGAUUUGCUAUUCCAUGAUUCUCUGAUGGUACAGAAUCACCCUGCUCCUGUUUUGGGUUUGGAUUUCAGCAAAAGGCCUUCAGUAAUUGGGGUUUUUUUACCUCCUUGGGUGGUUUAACUGGAAAUUGCUGUGUGUUCCUGGUGAAUUAGGACUGCUUUGCUCUGGCAAAUUAUUCCUCCUGCCUGUCUUAUUUAGAGGGGGGAGCUGGUAAAACAGGCACUCAUCACCUUCACUAAAAAAUCUGAGUUUUCAUUCUCUGGAGCUGAAAAAAAUUUAAAACUAAACAGUGAAGGCUGAGAAAUUUUGAAUUACUGUUGCUCCACUGUUUUAAUGAAAAGCUGAAAUACCUGGGCUAGAGUUCUCCCAUGCAAAUUCUGCCAAAUUUGGGGUUAGAAGUGCUUAAAAAUACCCCUUUCUGCACCCUUGGUUUUAGAAAUGGGGAGAACUGGUUAGGAACAAAAUUGAAGUGCCUUGCUGAAUUUUACUUCAUUGUCUUAAAGAAAAAAAAAA